AUUGAUGGCUUCGAUUUCUUCUUCUGAAAACUGCCUGUUCGUAUCCUUUGACCAUUGAUCAACUGGAGAUAUCCACCUUCUUUGAUCACCUGCACAGGCAGGACCGUUUUGAAGAAAGGUAGGUGGGAUAUCCACGACUGCACCAGGAGAUGAGAGCCCGGCUUAUGGAGCUCAGGAGGCCAGGAUCAUCCCCGCCCUGGAGCUAAUUACCCGGGCCAGCCACCGAACCCUGCGCGUUAAAAGCAGCAGCUUGGCUUUAGUCCUGGGGGUGAGGUGGCGGCGGCAAUUAUUCCGACUACGAAAGGAAUAGAAGGAUAUCCGGGGCCCUAGCGGACACAACGUGGACGUGGUAUUAAGGGUAGAGGGGCAGAAGGCUGAGGGAGUAAUUACAGAUUAACGCCAGGCUCUAUAAGGAGGAGCCCAUCUUUGGAGGCGGAGACUGCACAGGUACCCGGGCUCGCGCUUUCGCGUUUCCUGCAGUCGGAAGUCCCGCCCCCGGGCCAACAGCUGCGUGGUAAAUGAGAGGACGACUACGACCUCCCAUCAUUCCCCGCCCUCCUUAGACCCGAGCGCCACCUCUCGAGCAAAUCGGCGUCCAGGCAGCUGAGAACGUAAGGGAAAGAGGCGGGGCUGAGACAUUUCGAGCUUCCUCGGCUCCCGUAGUUUUCGAACUUCCACGGCCGAUUUCCCUUCCUGGUAGCGGCGAUCAUGGACCCUCUCGGCUAGUAUGAAUUUCUUCCUCUGCCUGAUCGCUGUGGGGGGUGUUGUUGCCGUUCUCGUACUGCUGCGGCUGUGGCUGGUGCUACGCCCCCGAAAAGAGGGGCUGCAGACUGUGUCCGUCAGCGUGCUGGUGGUGGCCGGGUCCGGUGGGCAUACCACAGAAAUUCUGAGACUGCUUGGGAGCUUGUCCAAACACUAUAAUCCAAGACAUUAUGUCUUUGCUGAUACCGAUAAGAUGAGUGCUGUUAAAAUACGUUCGUUUGAAGAGAAGAGAGCUGAGAGAGACUCUGAAUCCUUGUACACUACUCAUCACAUUCCAAGGAGUCGGGAGGUCCAGCAGUCUUGGAGCUCUUCAGUGUUUACAACCUUGUAUGCUAUGUGUUACUCCCUUCCUCUGACUUUUCGACUCAAGCCAGACUUGGUUUUGUGUAAUGGACCAGGAACAUGUAUUCCUAUCUGUGCAUCUGCCCUUCUUCUUGGGAUACUAGGAAUAAAGAAAGUGAUCAUUGUCUACGUUGAAAGCAUCUGCAGAGUGGAAACCUUAUCCCUUUCCGGAAAGAUUCUUUACCACUUUUCAGAUUACUUCUUUGUUCAGUGGCCAACCCUUAAGGGAAAAUAUCCCAAAUCUGUGUAUCUUGGGCGAAUAGUUUGACAGAGGAAAAAUGGUGUUUUCAGAUUUCUGCAGUCAGUUAUGGUUAUUUUUCAUACUAGGUAAGAAAAGAAUUAUCAGUACAGACUUUCGAAAAUGUCAAGAAAAUUACUAGCCUUUGUGAGGCACGUAUAUGAUUAGUAAACUGAGCAACUUGUUUGGUUAAACAAGGAAAUAAAUUUGAAAACAGUAUCAUGAAAUACUUACGGAA